CCCACACUUGAUGCAAGAGUAGAUGAUUCAGAUUCGGUUAAACUUUCAAAUCUGACUAGAGAAAAUUCCAAAUAUGGUACUAAAACAAUGAGAGAGCUCGCGAGUCUAGGAAAGCGAUAUCAAUGGCUUCCAUGAAGGUAACAAUGGCGUCUAAGAAAGGUGAAAGCGAAGACAGCGAUUUUGUGACGAGGGAAUCCGAUGAUAUGCUUCUGACAAUGCCUAACGGACUCGUCUAUAAACGCCUAUGUAAGCCGAAUCUACUGGAUACAAAAACUGAAGCUAAAAUCAAUUCAUACUGCAAUGUUGGUAAUGGGGUUAAGAAGUUGAAAGAAAUGCUUUCAAAAGACGAACUAAGUGAAUUUCAAAAGACUGCCUUUGGAUAUUGGUUAGACAUUGGAGAAUUGAAAUAUGUUAAUGGCCAACUUAUGAUUCUUCUCACACUCAAUCAUGUAGAGACGAUGGACAGACUGCACGCCUCUGAAGAAAUUUCAUUUUCCAUUUGUGGCAGACUGAUCAAAUUCACAAAGAAAGACUUCCAAGAGGUGAGUGGUUUUAGGUUUGGGAGCAGCAGUGAAAAAAUGGAGAAUUAUACCGAACCAAGUGACAUAAGUAAAAGAUACUUCAAUGGUCAAAUGAAUGUGACAAGAGAGGAUGUGAAGAUUGAAUUUGAGAGAGUCAAGAAAAAUAAAAAUAGAGAAGCUUUAGAUGCAGUGAAGUUGGGACUCCUAUUAAUGUUAGGGACCUGUAUAAUUGGUAACCAGCCAAGUAUUAAACUCCCUGGACUAGAUCUCCACUUGGUCGAUGAUUUAUCCAAGUUUAAUGAGUAUCCAUGGGGAGAAGAUGUGUGGAAAGAUCUGGUAGAGAAUGUUCGGAAAUGCUGUUGUAUUAUGAAUACAAGCAAGAAACCAAGGUUCAAUUUCCCUGGAUUCCAUUUCGCUUUACAGAUAUGGGCAUAUGAAACAUUUCCAGCACUAAUACAAGAGAAGGAAUGUAUACUGGACGAAGGAAAGAAGACAUCAUGGCCAAGGGCAUUGAGAUGGUCAGCGGACGGGAGGACAACCAAAGAGUUGUUGGAGAAGAAAAUAUUCAAAAAUGAAAAGUUUGAGUGGACAGAGAUGGUAAUAUCUGAUGAAGGAAAAGUCAUUCUCAAAAAAGCCAGGAACCGCCUAUCUCUUCGGAUACUAAAGAUGACAACUCCAGAAACAGCUGUUGUGAGUGAACAUGGGGAUGCUUUACAUGCUACACCAAACACCAGAAAGAGGAAAAGCGUCGAGCAAUGCAUCCAAAAAGGGAAAAGCCCCGAGAAGACAAAAAUGAAUCUUAAAAAGACAUCCAAAACACACAGUCCUCAAAUCAUUUUAGAGAAGAAUGGUGCCAGAGAUGAGAAAUGUAAGAAUGAAACAUUGAACAAAAUAAAAUCUUUGGAGAAAAUGGUGAAGAGUAUAGCAGCUAACAUGGCAAAGAACAAUAGAAAAGUGUUAAGUGAGAUACAAGAGUUGAGAAAGGAAAACCAGAAACAAUGGGGAUUGGUUGAGGAAUGCCUGAAAAAUGCUGGCAUUUUGGGGAAAACACAGAGUCAAAAUUUGGAACAAGAUAAGACUGGAGACUGUGUAAAGGAGAAGGGAGAAGACAUGGACAUUCAUUGGAUGAAUGGGUUGUUGACUGAGGCAAACACUGAUCACAAUUUCCAGAAAGGCAUUGACAAUAAAGUCAUUGACCAGCAGGUGAUGGAAGAUGGUUUGGAGGAAGGCCAAAAAAUGGAGAGUAUCAUUGACAAUGUGGAAACAGCAUCACAGCAUCACAAAAUGGAGAUCCCCACUGAUAUUCCCACUGAACCACCACAAAUCGUCAAUGAUAUUCCCAAUGAACCACCACAAAUGCCCAAUGUUGUUCCCAUUGAACCACGCCAAGUCCUCACUGAUAUUCCAACUAAACAACCACAAAUCCUCAAUGAUAUUCCCACUGAACCACAACAAGUCCUCAAUGAUGAUCCCAGUGAUGGUAUAGAUGUUGAACCACCGCUCAAUGUUGGUCAACUUGAGGACAUUCAGGAUGAACAAGCAGAAGGCCCUGAUGCUGAAGAACAACACAUUAAGGAUAUUGCCAUUGACCAACCAGAAGACACUACAAGGCAGAAGAGGGUUGUCAAAUGCCCAGAUAAGUUUACUCAUUCUGACAAAAAAUUAAAGACAAGAAAGGCAAAGAGCAGACAAGGACCACAGACAUCUAAACAGAAAGCCACAGAUGGUGGUGAUGGCAAUUCGCAACCCAACAAUGUGGAGGCCGAAGCUGGCAUGGCAGAAAGUCAUCCCGAAGGGCUUAAAUUAGCAUUAACUGCUGAGAAUGUGGAGUUGUUUUUAGCACAAGGUCUGCUAAGCAAGAAGAAAAAAGCAAAUGGCACAAAGUACACAAGCCAGGAAAAUGCUUUAAACCCUGACGAAUUUCGGCCACUGUGGGGGCAUGACGAAACAAUGACAAAAACAUGGUACUAUGGAUUUUUCUACCCUGAUGAGUGGAUGAAUGAUGUGCAUGUAACUGUAGCCUUGAAAUUCAUGGUCAUGAAAGCACAAGAAUAUGGAUUGACACAGCCAUUUGCAGUAACAGACAGCCUAUUUGUCAGUCUAUUGAAGAGAGAAUAUGACAACUAUUUGGGGAAAAGGAAAACCAUUGCUGAAGCAGCAUUCAACACUUCAAUACUGAAACCAAUUGUAGGGGCUGUGCCAGAAUUGGGAGGACGCUGGGCAGAAUGUGAUUACGUUUACAUGCCAAUCAACACUGGAAACCAUUGGAUACUGGCUGUGCUUGACAUAUCAAAUAAAUGCAUCAGGCUGUAUGAUUCUAACAGCAAGGGGAAGACCAGUCGCCACACAAAACCAUACCUUCCAUGUCUACAGAUCUUACUGCCAAAGGUGAUGGACAAACUGGAAGUGUACAAGGAGCGGAAAAUGCCUGAGAUGGGAGAUGAUGUGCUAGGCAUUGUGAACGUAAAUGAUUGCCCACAACAACAGGACGCGGUGAGCUGUGGCAUAUUCGUUGUAAAGAUGGUUGAGCAUCUAAUCAUGGGGAUGGAAGUGGAUGAAGUGGAUGUUGCAGGCAUUGGGACUUUCAGGAAAAAAUUUGCAACAGAAGUGUUGUUAUAUGCAAACAAGAGGGCUAACCGGGCUGACCAGGAGGGCUGAGCAUUGCCAUGGGAUAUGUAACCAAGUUUAAAAAACUUUUAUGUUUAAGUAUGCUGUUGUAGUAGUUGCACUAUGGGUUUUAAGUGCAGUAUCAGUACUUUUCCUAUUAUUAGUAAUAUGGGUUGUAAGUGCACUAUCAAUGCUUUUUAGACAGAAUCUUGUAAUAUGGUUGGUGAUUGAAGUAAUCACAUUACUUUUUUGGAUAAAAUUGGGGCACAGUA